CACAAGCAGAGGGAGCUGCAGGCAGAGGGAGAAGCAGGCUCCCUGCUGACCAAGGAGCCCGACAUGGGACUCGAUCCCAGGACCCCAGGAUCAUGACCUAAGCCAAGGGCAGAUACUUAACCGGCUGAGCCACCCAGGUUCCUCACUGCUAAAGUGCCUUGUGAAACACAGCUCACAGCUCAGAGGAACCCUCAUUGGUCCUUUGGGCUGUGUCUUCCUCCCUAGCUCACCCAGACGAUUGAUGCUGUCCCUCAGCUCCCAAGAGGCAGCUCUGAUUCUCCAUCCCUAUACAUCCCUCAUCAAUGGCUGACUGCAAAGUGAGAGGCCAAGUUUAGACCCAAGCUCCCACCCAGACACUCAGAGAGCCUAGUGCUACAGGCCUGGGUGGCUCCUUGUCCUGGCAUCAACAGCUGCACCAACCCUGGGCUGGAGCCACAGAAGGCCCUGAUUUCUCAGCCAGGUCUGGCCUCCGAGAUACUGGUCCUGAUUCUGCCAGGUCUCUCGUCUCUGGUCUUGAGGCCCCAGUCCCUUCUGAAUUCAAGGCAAUGUUGCCUCAAAACAAGGACCAGGUGCUGCUACAGAACGCAGCGCCCCCUGGGCGCCCCCCUCUGAGCCCCUCACAACUUGUGGACUCCUCAUCCAGCAACCUACAGCCUCUGCCUCCCCAGCGACCACCCCCUCUCUCCCACUCUCCUUGCUCCCCUCCGCCACGGUCCCACUCUCUAGGCUCCCAUUUCUACUCUUCUGACUCAAAUUCUGACUUUAUCCUACACCCUUAUUCUUCCUCUCUCCCAAGCUCCCCCAGUUUCUUUCAUCAGAAUUACUUCUCUCUUUCCCACCCCCCCUCUUCCUCUCCCUCCCACCGGCCAUACCCCUCCCCUACUCACACGCAUCCCUCCUCUCCCUCUCAGCUACAGAACACCUCUCUCCCCCACUCUCAUUGCCAGUCUCCUUCCCCCCCAGGAGACUGCCCUAGCUCCACCGUCACUUCCCCGACCCCCAGCCUACCUUCUGGUGGGGUCCACUCAAACAGGCAGACAUGGCCCUGGCAUCACUACGGGGACACCGGCUCCCCUGGGGCGGUGGGAGAAUGCGUGGCAAGCGAGAGGGACCCUGCAGAGUUCCGGGACCCAGGAGCCCUGGCCCAGGCCCUGGUGGUCCAUCUGGGGCACCGGCGCAUCGCACACGACCUGCGGUUACUGCUUUUGCAGCGCCUGUGGCUUGGCAGGACUGGCCAGGCCCCCGUUGUAGAAUAUCCCAUAUGCCUGCUGUGCCUCAAGCCCCGCAGCCCCUCUUGCCCCAUCCCCAGGUACAGGACUGGACCCCGGCUGCUUGCCUUCCCCCAGCUACUGCCCUGUGCCCAGGGCCAGGAAUCCGGACCACUCCGCAUAGGCAUUGGCUUUGGCCUCCGCCUGCCUCGGGGCCAGGCCAGGGCCUUGCAUCUUUUGCCAGAAAGAAAGCCAGAGGAAGCAGGGCCUCAGGGCAAGGCUGUUCAGGCCCAUGGAUAUCAAACCCGGGCAUCCCAGGCUCCAGCAGCUCAGGCAGCAGUGGCUCAGGCGUGGACCCCUCCAGCCCGCGGCACAUCCUCCCAGGCCGCGAGUCUCAGAUCUACAGGCCUCCAGUCACCAAACUCUAUGUGCUUCUCAGGGCCUCUACCUCAGGCACCCAAACAAGCCACUGUCUCCCUGAAACCCAGGCCUUUCUCUGCGUCCAAGGGGCCUGCCUCUCCAGAGCCCAUUCUCCGAGAGUCACCACCCUAGUUCCAGAGCCAAGGAGGCUCUCUGGAGCACCUCCUCCGAGCCCUGCUGCCCCUACCAGGCCCCCGAUCUUGGGGAGUCCCCGAGACACCCUGAAGGGCUGGCUGGCAGGAGGUCAGGUGUGUUCUCCAGCCUUGAACCCUGGGAGCCCCUUAUGGAGUCUGCUCUCUCCUGGCUGAAGAAGAUGAAGGGCACCCUUAGAUCCCAUUCAGCCUAUAGUGUAUCAAUAAAGCCCGACCCUGCAAAACUUGUGUUAGUGUCUGAUGUGGAAAUGUUGGGGUUUGGAGUGAACAGUCAAGAAAGAAGUCUUGAGACGCCUUUGGUGCAAAAAGGUGGUUUUAUUAAAGCACAGGGACAGGACCUGUGGGCAGAAGGAGCUGCCCUGGAGUUGUGAGGAGUGGCUGAUUAUAUACUUUCAAGUUGGGAGGGGGUUAGGGAUAGCGUAAGUCUCUAAGGAAUUUUGGAAGCAAGGUUUCCAGGACCUUGAGGGGACUAGCUAUUGUUAGGAAAAGGUCAUUUAUUACUGUCUAAUAAAAUGUUAGUCAUGAGACCCUUCAGAUGUUUAUCAGUGGGCCAUAUGCUUGGAGGAUGAUCGCUAACAUAUAUCUUGGGGUUAGAGAUAAAGGAAGUUUUCAAAGGAAUUUUUAUUUGUUAAAGGAGACUUCCAGGAUCCUGCAAGUUGGGAUAAUGUUAAGCUAAGGUUGCCUUUGCCUCUAGCGAAGUAUUAACAUUGAGGCAGUGGAGUUUCUAGGGGAAGGUCACCGCCUCGCCUGUCUCAAGGACUUGUCAGUGGGCUGUUAAGUUAUAAAGAAAUCUAAUUUUUUCUUUUGCCUUCAUUUCCCACAUUGAUGGAGGAUAGUCGGAAGGCAGGCAGGCAGGGGUAAGCGCCCCCCAUCCCCCUCUGUCCUAAGAGGAAACCACCCUUAAAAGGAAAAAGCCCCCAUUCUGUUAUUCUAGGCUUUACUCAGUGCCCCAGCUUUAAGUCUUCCAACUGGGAGGAUUUACAACUUUAGAAAGGAAGGGAAUGGCCUUGGGUGUCCUAACCCAGGCCCCGGGGGGAGAGGGGGCAGGUCAACAGCCAGUGGGAUAUUUAAGCUAAGAGCUUGAUCUAGUGGCCUGUGGCUGGCCAGCAUGCCUUAAGGCAGUGGCGGCCCCGCCCUCUUGAUCCCUGAAGGCUACUAUGAAACACCACCCUGGAAGGAGCCCUCCACCCUUUCCCACGUGAACAAUUACCUGAUAGGUAGAUGAGCGUGUGGACAAAAAACCUGAUUGGGUGACAGUCCCAUGGAGGGUUAAUCAGAUUAAAACAGCUCCACCAAAUCACCCAUAAAAACCCCUAGGUUUAACCACCAAAUUGGGUCCCCUCCCUCUCAGGAGCUCUGUUAAACUUUGCUGCCCACCACUCGUCGUCUGGUCUACCUCUUCAUUCUUUAAAGUGGCAUGACCAAGAACUGUGGGCACUAAAGGAAAGGAAAGCUUGCAACAAACAUCGGUGUCCUGCUGAGCAGACAUAGUGGGUAGCUGAACCUACUGGGGACCACAACUAAACAAGGGGAGGCGGAGGGGGCACCUGGGUGGCUCAGUUGUUGAGCGUCUGCCUUCGGCUCAGGUCAUGAUCCCAGGGUCCUGGGAUGGAGCCCGACAUCAGGCUCCCUGCUCAGCGGGAAGCCUGCUUCUUCCUCUCCCACUCCCCCUGCUUGUGUUCCCUCUCUCGCUGUCUCUCUGUGAAAUAAACAAAAUCUUUAAAAAAAAUAAACAAGGGGAGGCGGAGAGUCAAACAGGGUGACCAAGAGAGUAGGUGCCAUGUAUCUGAGGAGGGCAUGGGGUCCAUAAGGCCUGAGCACCUGAGAUGUGCAGACAGCUCUGCGGGGCCCUUUACAUAUUUAAUUCAAUCUGGUGGGACAGACAACAGCAUUCCCAAAGAUGAAGCCACUGGGCUCCUUCCUCUGAGUGCACCUUAGGUUAACAAGAAUGCUCACUUAGGCAGCCGGGGGAGCAGCAAGAGGUGUCUCCUUGAAGGGACCGGCAUUCCUAGGGUUCACUUGCAGAGAAACAUUAAGAGUCUGAUGUUGAAGAUCAGAAACCCAAGGGACCCACCUCUUCAGGAAGAUGGAAAUGCCAGGCAGAAAAGAGACCUGCCCUGCCUGGGAGACAAGUUGCCUCCCUCUGAGGGUGUCAGCAGGGAGCAGCCCCCUCCCAAACCCUUGAAUGCUGUUGUGUGCAGAGCCACAAGAAUGGCCAACUCUCAAAUCUGCCAGCCACAGGGGAUAGGUGUUUGGUUGAGGUAAAUAGCGGUUUCCUUGAACCAGGAAGU